UCACCGGCGUGCGAGGGGCACAUGGCGGCGGGCGCGAGCGGCUGUUCGAACGCGCCCGGGAAUGGAACGCGGGCGUCGUCGAGCUCGAGCCGACACGAGAAGAGCCUCGGGCUGCUCACCAGCAGGUUCGUGUCCCUGCUGCAGGAGGCCGAGGACGGGGUGCUGGACCUCAAGCAGUUGGUUUGCUGACAUGAAAUGGACUCCCUUUUCUUCAGAAUUCACGGCAGCUGAUAUACUUGAAGUGAGACAGAAAAGAAGAAUCUAUGAUAUCACCAAUGUGUUAGAAGGAAUUGGAUUGAUUGAGAAGAAGUCCAAAAACAGCAUCCAGUGGAAUGGCGUUGGUCCUGGGUGCAACAGUAAGGAAAUAAUAGAUCGAUUAAAACAUCUCAAGGCAGAGAUUGAAGACCUGGAAAUUAAGGAAAAAGAACUUGAUCAACAGAAAAUAUGGCUGCAGCAGAGCAUUGAAAAUAUAACAGAUGAUACUCAUAACAGCAGAUUGGCAUAUACCACUCAUGAAGAUGUCUGCAAGUGUUUUCAAGGUGAUACAUUGCUUGCCAUCCAGGCCCCUUCUGGCACACAACUCGAGGUACCAAUCCCUGAACUGGGACCAAAUGGACAAAAGAAGUACCAAAUUAAUUUGAAGAGUCAGUUGGGACCUAUUCGUGUUCUGCUCAUUAACAAGGAGUCCAGCUCUUCCAAGCCAGUGGUGUUUGCGGUUCCUCCUCCAGAAGACCUAAUGCAGCUACAGCCUGAGCUUGCAGCAGCAUUGACCCCACAAAAGUUCCCUGCGGCUUCAGACCAAGUUAUCUCCUUAAAAGAACCACAGUUUCUACAGGUUCCAUUGACCGAGCAAUCUCCUGAUUGUGGCCUGGAGCUGUCUCCCGUGGUACCAAUUACCCUCUAUUCAAGCAUGGCAUAUCCACCAGAGAAUUGCAGAGUAAUAACUCAAUCAAUACCUGAAUCAAUGGCAAAUGGUUCACAGUCGUUACCAUCAAUAAAUAUUGGAGGCAUUCUGAAACAUUCACCAGCCUCCCAUGAGCAAACCAAGAUGGAAGAUUCUGGUGGAGCAAUAGAUGGGGAUAUUAUGGAUGAAUUUAUGUCAUCAGAUGUGUUUCCUCUACUUCGGCUUUCCCCUCCUCCGGCUGAUGAAUACAGUUUCAACCUGGAUGAAAAUGAAGGUGUCUGUGAUCUUUUUGAUGUACAGAUUCUGAAUUAUCGGUUUUAACCCAUAUGACCAGCAUCCCUGAGCAGUCAUAUCUACCUCGGGUCCACCAUUUCAGCCUUCAUAGACUACAUCAUUCCCGUCUUUUGACAUGCUCUUGCAGCAUUCUGGUGGACAAGAAUUGCAAGAUUUCAGUUUGUAAAUUAUUUUCCUCACAAGUCCACAUCCUCAUGACUUCUUCUAUAACGAUUAAGUUUGUUGCAUAAUCGUAGUAUGUAAGCCAUCCUAGACUGUUCCUCACACCCUGCCCCACAUUGCGAUGAUACUGCCACAAAUAAUCUUAGUAGUAUUGAAACAAAAAGUACUUAAUUCACCUAAUAUAAUUGACUGCCUUUUUGAGGGAUUGGAAGAGAACUUUGAUUUUUUUAUAUCUGCACUCUAAAAACAUUUUAAGUGCUUUUUUGUUCUUGCACUUUAGGAGUGUUCUCUUUCAGAUCACAAACUUUAGAUUUCAUUUCAAGCAUUCUCGUAAUGCGUCGUUUUCACUAUAUAGAGCCUGCCUCUUUAAUAGAUGGACUUUAGACCAGUUUUGCUGUACAUUUCUCUUGUCAUUCCAACAUGCUUUCUAAAUUGGAGGCAAAAUGUGAAACAAGAAAAGUUAUCCAUAACAGUAAUUGGUAUUCUGCUUAACUGCAUACUAUUCCAAUGUCUUCCAAGUAUGUACUAAAACCUACUGGUAUAGUCACUGUAACUGACCACUGUGAAGAUCAAAAUAUAAAAAAAGUUGAAUUAUUGGUAAAUUAUGCAAAUAAUGUCAAAUAUGUCUUGUCUCUAACAUUAAAUGUUUUUGAAUGAACAUUUAACACAAUGUAGAUAAUUCUACUUGAGCCAGAUUGGAACUUGUGCAUCUUUGAUGACAUGUUUGCAAUUUGUAUUCUAUAUAAGUAGAUAAUAGCAUUCCUUGGAGUGCCUUUAGUUUAGACUCUUUGUUUCAUUCAGUUUUUAUAUUGACCAAAGUUUGUUUGUUAAAAAAGGCAAAAAGGAUUAAAGCAUCAAGUGUC